UUGGCCCAGAUCGCGUCGAUCAUGAACGUGAAUUAAAGUGGUACUUGGAAAUCAUGCAGUGUAAUGCGGCCGUGAUAGUGUUAUUGUACACGCUGUUGGUCACUAACCAGGUGACCUUUGGGUAUACUGCUGGAGAACAUGCCGGGAAGUAUGCCAGACGGGGCCAUCUAAUGCUGGAUGAUCUGGAACGGAAGAAAAUCUACGAGCGGAGUCCAUCGCACAGCACUUAUGAAUUCCUAACGCAGUAUUACAGUUUCAUUUGUCAUCAGAAAAGUCCAGGAUAUUACGGUGAUCCCCAUUAUGAUUGCCGGAUAUUCCACGUUUGUCAACCCGAUGGAAGGAGAGAUACGUUCUUUUGUCCGGCAUGGACACGCUUUAACAACAACGUACAGAUCUGCGAUUGGCAGCAUAACGUUGAUGAUUACUGCACUUCACGGUACGCCCAAUCGCACAGCGACAACAACCGACUUCCGGCCAACAGUUAUCUCCUACAACAACCCACCGUCCACACCAGAGUGGAAGCUCUCCCGGAAUCACCGCCGCCGACAGAAGAACACGACCGCUACCGCAACAAAUACGAACAGCAAGAAUACUACAAAUCCGUGUACGACCAGCAGGAACCCAAACUGAAAUUCCUCAUGGACGAACGCCCGGCGGUCUACUACCCCAAACGCACCCUACUCUACCUUCCGCAACCGCACUUUAGCCACCCGGACCCGGUCGCCGACCUUCCAGUGCCGCUGCAGGAAGACAACGCGGCGAAAGAAGCCCCACCCCCGCCGCCGCCCGAACCCGUGGAGGUCCUGUCGGUGGUGCAGAUGGUGGUCCCGGAGGAGACGUCGACGCUGACCCCGGAGGAUCCGGCGCGGCCGCGAUUCCCGAGCGAGCACAGUACGAGAGUGGUGGUGCACGUGAUCCCUCGCAUGUUAUUCCGGUCCCACCCACAACCGACUACGCGGUUUUGCAGAGUCCUCCCGGGUCCGGAGGAGAGGUUGGUGGCGGCGGAGGAGGAGCCGGAAACGGAGUCGGCAGCGGCGGACACGCUGGCCCCGAAGGCCAAAGUCCUGCUCAUGUCGCAUCCCCAGAGGGAAGUGCUCAUCCGGCAGAAGUGGAUCAUGCCGGUCUGAAUGCGGCCUUUGAUCUGGGCCCGGUUAUUGAGUUGUGGAUACCCACGCCAUUUAAGAAAAUUAUUUAAACUAAACGUGCGGUGCAGUAGCGGGAUAAAGAUUGAACGAACGUUUUUGUGAAUGGCGGUUGUAAGUCUGAUUGUAAAUAAAUUUUGUGUAUAUAAUUCUUGCAGUUAGUGUGGCGGAUGUUUGUAAUAAUUUUAUGUACACUACAGACGCGCUUGUUUAUUAAUGUAUUUUUUUUAUAAAAGCUCUACUUC